AUGGCGCCCACCGGACUCACCUUCAAGGACGUUCAGACAUGGGCACUCCGCGACUUCCCUGAACAAUUCAGACAGCUUCCCGAUGCGAAAGCGUUCCAUGUACAGUUCAACAUCGUCCGUGGGUACAACCACGACAACGACUUCAAGAGCCUUGUGAUAGGCAGCACCCGCACCAAGACCGGAAAACCAGCCGACGUACUCGCGUGGCUAGCAGGCAGCCGUAUACAGCUCGGAUACAUCGGUAAGAACCGGAAAGGGGAGCAACAAAUUCGUCACAUGGUCUUCGCCGAAGAGAACGUCUCGUGGUGGAGGUUCAAGUUCCCGUUCAGUGUCAUCCUGCCGACCCAAGGCGGAACAGAAAUUGCUUGUUUUAACGCCAUGUUACGUUACUACUUCCUCGCCAAUGGUUGGAGCAAAGGCGUGAUCGACGACUCGGAUGUCUUCCACAGAUUCGUAUCUAGAUUUCCUCACGCUUGUCGGGCUAUUGCAAACGCGAUUACGCAGAGACCAGAACCGGUUCCGACCCCAUCCGUUACGGUCUUCCCACCAGGAGCUGGUAGUGUGCUGGCCGCACCAGCAAACUACCAGUCACCUUAUCCCGAGAGGCCUCCCUACCUUUUCGAGCAAAUCGCGAACGACCCACUUCCAAGCCGAUCAUAUACUGUGCUCAGCAGCCCGUCGCCCAGUCCGCCGCCAAUCGAUAAUCCCACAACGACCCAAAUACUACGCUCCCAAGUUGAGCUACAGACCCAACUUGGACAUCCACAGCCAGUCCACUCUUGUGGAGACCAGAUCGUGGCACUCGAUGAAGCGAACGAUGCCGACGAGCGAGACGGCUCUGGACUGCGAAAUAAGCUUUUCGAUCUCAACAUCCGGCUUAUGAUCGCGGAAGGUCUCGCUCGGGAUGCUGAGAUCGCAGCGCGGACAGCUCAGGAAGAAGCACAACUCUGGAGGAAAAGGUAUGAAGAAGCCGAGUCAUACAGAAUCAAAUAUGAGGAGAUGAGGAGCCACUUUGGACUGCCGGAGUAG